AUGGCGUUUGUUAGGCUUGCUCCUUUGGCUCUUCCCUUCCUUGUCUCUUUCUUGUUAACAAUGAAGAGCACAGAAGCAGUGUUUUGCUAUGGUGGUUGUUCAUUGACUGAAAAGAAUUCAUGUGGCUCGACCGAAUGUACUUGUAUUGCUUUUGGACCAGUAGCUACUACAUGCGUAAAUCAACGUGAAGUUGCAUCACUUGCGAAGACGUUUCCGAACCUAUGUCUGUCUCACGAUGAUUGUUUGAUGAAAGGAAGUGGCAACUUCUGUGCUCGUUCUCCUCAUCAAUAUGUGGAUUAUGGAUGGUGCUUUGACUCCAACUCCAACUCUCCAGCACUGAAAACUUUCUUAGUGAAAUGA